UGUUCUUCACAGUGGUCCACCUGGAGGUGUGGCAGAACAGAACACCGGAACCUACAACCUUGCACAAUAUAUUAAAACUUAAAAGCAUACACUACCUACCUUCUCUUUCCAUAUUCAUUCCAAAGUAACGUUACGUAACCAACUUGGCUUCGUGCACCUCCACUCUUACCGUUCAUCGCAACCCACCUACCUACCCUGUCCCAAGCGAAACAAUGCCCAAACACAACACCAGAGCCACACUCGCCUUCCUCUUACGCUCCCUCCAUCGCCCUACCCUUCUCCCUUCUGCAACGCCGUCUUCUCGUUUCACGUUACAUGACAAAUGCAACGACGUCGUUCGCCCGGAUUAUCAUCAAGUUCCCUCCUUUUUCAACCCUUUGGGAAAUUUCGCCCAAACCACAAAAUGGGGUGUUGGAAUUCAGCAAAAGUGUUAUGGUUCUAUGGCUGGGCUUGUUCAAAGGAACCCCAGAUUCUCAAAGUUGAAUGAUGAUGAUGUUCGAUACUUCGAGGGUAUAUUGGGCGCCAAAAAUGUUGUACAAGAUGAGGAUAAGCUUGUCGCUGCCAACAUUGAUUGGAUGCAUAAAUACAAAGGCUCCAGUAGGCUUUUGCUACAACCUAAGACCACAGAGCAGGUUUCUCAGAUUCUCAAAUAUUGUGAUUCCAGAAGCUUGGCUGUUGUUCCACAAGGUGGAAACACUGGUCUUGUAGGAGGAAGUGUGCCUGUCUUUGAUGAAGUGAUUGUAAGUCUUAGUUCUAUGAAUAAGAUCAUAUCUUUCGACAAGGUUAGUGGAAUAUUGGUAUGUGAAGCUGGGUGCAUAUUGGAAAAUAUAAUAUCAUUCCUGGACAAUGAAGGAUUUAUUAUGCCACUAGACUUAGGUGCAAAAGGUAGUUGCCAGAUUGGUGGAAAUGUUUCAACUAAUGCCGGUGGGUUGCGUCUUGUUCGUUAUGGAUCCCUUCAUGGAAAUGUACUUGGUGUUGAAGCUGUUCUAGCAAAUGGUACUGUACUUGACAUGCUUAAGACACUGCGCAAAGAUAAUACUGGCUAUGAUUUGAAACAUCUAUUUAUAGGAAGUGAAGGUUCCUUGGGAAUUGUUACUAAGGUUUCAAUACUUACCCCACCAAAGUUAUCUUCUGUAAAUGUGGCUUUUCUUGCAUGCAAAGAUUAUAGCAGCUGUCAGAAACUACUACAGGAAGCAAAAAGGAAACUUGGGGAGAUUUUGUCUGCAUUUGAAUUUCUAGAUGGCCAGUCUAUGAAUUUGGUUUUAAAUCACCUGGAAGGUGCACGAAAUCCAUUACCCACGUUGCAUGACUAUUAUGUUUUGAUUGAGACAACAGGCAGUGAUGAAUCUUCUGACAAACAAAAGCUUGAAGCGUUUCUACUUGGCUCCAUGGAAAAUGAAUUGAUAUCUGAUGGUGUUCUUGCUCAAGACAUAAACCAAGCAUCAUCUUUUUGGCAUCUACGUGAGGGUAUAUCAGAGGCAUUGAUGAGAGCAGGAGCUGUUUACAAGUAUGAUUUAUCAAUACCUGUUGAACAAAUGUACAAUCUUGUUGAAGAAAUGCGCUCUAGACUAGGUAAUACGGCUAAUGUAAUUGGAUAUGGUCACCUUGGAGAUAGUAAUUUGCAUUUAAAUAUUUCUACUCCUCAAUAUGAUGACAAGAUUUUGUCGCAAAUUGAACCCUUUGUAUAUGAAUGGACAUCUAAGCACCGUGGUAGUAUUAGCGCAGAGCAUGGUGUGGGACUAAUGAAAGCUAACGAGAUUUUCUACAGCAAAUCUGGCGAAACUGUGCAACUGAUGGCUUCAAUCAAGAAUUUGCUGGACCCCAAUCACAUACUCAACCCAUAUAAAGUUCUUCCUCGCUCUCUCAUUUCAUAAUCUGAUGUGGAAAACUUGGCCUUGUAUUCACGUCUUUGCUCACUUCCCUAGAGGGAGACAAUGUUACUUAUUUCUUUGAUCCAGUAAGUAAUUCUCCAAAUGCUCGUACCUCAUUCAUUUAUGAGGAAAAUCGAUGACUGAAACACCAAAACUGGUGUUUGCUGCCAAAUAAUGAUUUGCUCCCCCCCGGCCCCACACACACCACCACAAACCACAUACUAGUACCUUUUUCAUUUAUAACUUCGCCUUGUAUUCAUGUCUUUGUUAUUAGAAGUGUAUUGCUACAUUGUGAAUAAUAAAAUCAUUGUGUAAUAAAUUCGUCUCAAUAUUUUAUAAUAUCUUUUGGCCCCUUUCUGACAAUUUGA